AUGCCUGUCUCUCUCUCCUUUCUCUCUCUCUAUCACUGUAUGCCUGUCUCCUUUCUCUCUCUAUCACUGUAUGCCUGUCUCCUUUCUCUCUCUAUCACUGUAUGCCUAUCUCUCUCCUUUCACUCUCUCUCUCUGUCAGUGUAUGCCUAUCUCUCUCCUUUCACUCUCUCUCUCUCUCUGUCACUGUAUGCCUAUCUCUCUCCUUUCUCUCUCUCUCUCUCUAUCACUCAGCUGUUGCGAAGAAAAACACAAAUCUUUCUCGCUUUUUUACGCUUUCUUCAUCCCCCCCGUCUCUUCUCUUCUCUUUCUCUAUCAACAUUUACCUGCCUUUUUUUCUUUUUCCCUAUCACCGUAUGCCUAUCUCUCUCCUUUCUCUCUCUAUUACUGUAUGCCUAUAUCUCUCUCCCCUUUAUCUCUCUAUAUCUAUCGAUUUCUGUCUCUAUCUCACCAUUCUCUCUCUAUCUGUGUAUGCUUCUAUCUCUCUUUUUUCACUCUCUAUCACUGUAUGACUAUCUCUCUCUUUUCUCUCUCUAUCACCGUAUGCCUAUCUCUCCCUUUUUUCUCUCUCUCUCUUACUGUAUGCCUAUAUCUUCAUCUCUCUAUAUCUAUCGAUUUAUGGCUAUAUCUCUCCAUUCUCUCUCUCUAUCAGUGUAUGCUUCAAUAUCUCUUUUCUCUUUCUCUCUAUACUGUAUGCCUAUCUCUCUCUCUUUUCUCUCUCUACCACUAUAUGCCUCUCGUUGUCUCUCUAUCUGUGUACGCCUAUAUCUCUCUACUUUCUAUCUAUCUCUAUCGCUAUUUGCCUAUCUCUCUCUUUUCUCUCUCUAUCACCGUAUGCCUAUCUCUUUCUUUUCUCCCUCUCUCUAUUACUGUAUGCCUAUAUCUCUCUCCUCAUCAUCUCUCUAUAUCUAUCGAUUAAUGCCUAUAUAUUUCCAUUAUGCUUCUAUCUCUCUUUUCUCUCUCUCUAUCACUGUAUGCUUAUCUUUCUCCUUUCUCCCUCUCUGUAUCACUGUAUGCCUAUCUAUCUCCAUUCUCUCUCUCUAUCACUGUAUGCCUAUAUAUCUCUCCUUUCUUUCAUCUACCGCUAUGCAUGCGUAUCUCUUUCUCUCUCUCUCAAUCGUUGUAUGCCUAAUUCUAUCUUCUUCCUCUCUCUCUCUCUCUCUCUCUCUAUUGCUGUAUAGUAAUUUCUCUGCCUCACUCUCUCCCUCGCCGUAUGGCCAUAUCUCUCUUUGUUCUCAUUCUAUCGAUGUUUACCUAAAUAUCUCUAAUUUUUCUCGCUCUAUCGCUUUGCAGUCUGCUUGCAUAUCUAUCUAUCUAUCUAUCUAUCUAUCUAUCUAUCUAUCUAUCUAUCUAUCUAUCUAUCUAUCUAUCUAUCUAUCUAUCUAUCUAUCUAUCUAUCUCCGUCUCUUAAUUAAUCAUAGCUAA